AUCCGCUCCAGUUUCCUUGUGCUAACGUUACAUAUUUAUUUUGUAUAUAUCGGAGGUCAGAGGCUUGUCCGUAAAUCUCGCGAGAACUUGUUUUCCUGUAGCAACGUGGUGACGAAAGGGUUGUCAUAGUUACGCAUACUUACUGCCUUGCCGAGUUACUUAUUAAAAGUGUUUUCCGACUGAUGCAUUUAUGUUAUUUAUGUAAUUUAUGUAAUGCCAGUUCUGUAGCAACAUGUAAACGCUAUUUGAGUUGAUUUCACUACGUUUUGCGGUGUAUAAUAAAGUAGCGCUUUUAAAUUACGUGUUUUUGAGGAGGGGCUAAUUUGGCGCAACUUCCAGCGCGGGAAAUUCAUUUCAAAUAGUAGGACCGCCAAGAAACUGGAGCAGAAGCUUGGGGAGUUUUAAGCUUGCAGUAGUUGGCUGUAAUUCUGUCUCCUGCUUAAUAGACAUCUAGUCUUUAGUCCGCAUAAAUUACUUAGUGUACUAUCGGUUUUAACUGUGAAAACUUUGCCAACAUGCCCGUCCUAGAGGUUGCAGAUGUUUCAGCAAUUUCUCCAUCAAAGAGGGCAAGGACAGAAACAAAGCCUGCAGAAGAGAAACCUGUCCUCAAGUUUGCUAAACUGUCUGAGAAUGCCAGGACACCCACCAGAGGCUCAACUAAAGCAGCUGGAUAUGACCUCUACAGUGCAUAUGAUUACUCCAUUGGACCCAUGGAUAAGGCCAUUGUGAAGACUGACAUCCAGAUAGCAGUUCCACAUGGCUGCUAUGGGAGAGUGGCACCGAGAUCUGGGCUGGCAGCAAAGCACUUCAUUGAUGUUGGUGCUGGUGUUGUAGAUGAAGACUAUAGAGGAAAUGUGGGAGUUGUGCUCUUCAACUUCAGCAAGGAGACAUUUGAAGUGAACAAGGGUGACCGAGUUGCUCAGCUGGUGUGUGAGAGGAUCUGCUACCCAGAUCUUGUGGAGAAAGAGACACUUGAUGAGACAGAGCGUGGUGCUGGAGGGUUUGGAUCAACUGGAAAAAACUGAAAGCUUCAAAUACAGUUGGAUUGGCAGUGAAGUGUAUAUGUUAAAUAUAUAUAUAAUUAGAUUUGAAUAAAGUUCUUGUUUUUGUA